CACAUCUCCAAACAAGCUCCUCUUGCUUCUCUUCUGUUCUCCUCCUGCUCCUGACUCGCCUUUCCAAGAUGUCUUGCUGCUGUCCUCCCUCCUGUGCCAUCCCAUCCUGCCCCCAGCCUUGCUGCCCCCAGCCUUGCUGCUCCCCAUGUAGCUACCCUGUCGGCGGUCUGGGCUCCCUGAAUUGCUGCAACAAUUCAUGCUGCUCCUCUUCAUGCUGCGGUAACUCAACAUCGGCGCGUUGCCUUGGCAUCACCAGUGGGGCCAACGUCGCCUGCGUCAGCCAGAUCCCACCAUCGGAACUUACCAUACAGCCAGCUCCUUUCGUCAUUACAGUCCCAGGGCCAGUUAUGGCUGCCACCUGUGAACCCGUCCGUGUGGGAGGCUACACGGCCUGUGGCGGCUGCCCUCCUUGUGGCCGCAUCUGUUAAGCUGGAAGGGGAGCCUCACAGGAACGGGAAUGGAACAACUACCUGGAAAAGUACGGAACGGCUCAACAGUUGACAACUUCGUGGACUUGGGGGUCAGAAUGAAUGAUGCUUCCCAGUUCAAGUCAGGUUUGGCUGGUGUUCACCAACAACAUCUCAGUUGCCCGUGACCACCAACGUCUGAUAGUUAAUCUGUAUUCUCUCUUCUCUCACCUCUAACCUUUAUGCUUCAUUUCGUUUUCCUUAACUUAUGUUGAUUGGGAGACUGGAAGGGUAUGAACAUCUUCCUUCUUUGGGCCUCUGAACAUUUAAGUGGCUCACUAAGGUCUUCCUCCCUAAACAGUAACCUGUGUUUAUCUCUGUAUUCAUUUGCUUUGAAACCUUUAAACCCUACUAAAUGGGCAGUCGGGCGAAAAAGCCCCUGUCAUUGAGUAAAGAAUGUACGUUCGUCAUCCAUGAAACUGCUUCGCUGCAAAUGAUGUUACCCACUCUCCUUUUCCUUCAAUAAAUCUUCUGCCUGCAUCAAAA